AUGAACCCAACUCCAAAUAUUGCCAGUAUGCUCAAGCAGCACGCCACUUCAUUUGGCCUUGCUACUAGUAUGAUCGGCCCGGUGCUUGUUACCAAGUAUACUAUGGCAUCGAAUCAGCCUUGGUUAUUCUCCGAAAAUGCCGAAGGUUCUAACGAUGGCAUCACGAUGAUGCAACCUGCUACUAUGAUUCCACCGAGACUUAACGCUAAAGACCUUGACGAUAUGUCGGAAAAGGCAAUGCUUAUCAUUUAUGACUGA